GCGUUUGUUUACGUCCACGUCUCCAGGAAAUUCAUCUUGCUUGUGUCCAAAAUGCGGAGACAGGACUCUCAAGACUCUCCUCUGUUCGGUGAAGAGGACGACAACCUGCAGCUAAAAAGGUCUAAAGUUAGAUAUCCCUUGGUUUCGUUCUUCCACCUCUUCUUCCGGACAUGCGCAAUAGCGGUUUAUUUACUGUGCGAGGUCCUCAGCGUUCGUUUCAUUGCCUCUAUGGUCUCCAUCAUCCUCCUGCUGUCCUGUGACUUCUGGACUGUCAAGAAUGUAUCUGGCAGAUUGUUGGUGGGCCUUCGGUGGUGGAAUCAGGUGGAUGAAGAUGGAAAGAGCCGCUGGAUGUUUGAGUCAAGGAAGACAAACAACACAACUCCCACGGCAGAAUCACAGCUCUUCUGGCUCGGACUUAUCAUUUGCCCCAUCUUCUGGGUUAUUUUUGUCUUCAGCGCCAUUUUCUCCUUAAACAUUAAAUGGCUGCCUGUGGUGAUAAUGGGUUUGGUUUUGCAAUGGGCCAACCUGUACGGUUACAUCAGAUGCAAAGUGGGUGGAAAGUCCAGCCUGAAAAACAUGGCCAAGAGCUACCUCAGUGGGCAGAUUUUCAAACAGGCAAUGAAGGGAGCUGAAGCAUCCUGACAGUGGAAUGGAAACCUGAGGACAAAAAGAAGAUGGACGGGUCUCCGUCCUGAGUGGACUCGUAUUAAUUAAUUGAGGUGGUGGACGGUCUUUUUGGGGGAGGGCUCUUUUGUUGCCACAUUUUCUAUCAGCUGGUGAUGUCACUUCCUUUGAGAUUCACUUAAAGACAAAGGUAAAAGGUAAAGUUUUAUUCGUGUUUGUUAUUUAAUCAUAUGUUGG